AUGGAGUGGGAGCUCCAGGUGGAGAAGGAAGUCACCGGGGAACUUGCGGCGCUUCGUAUCCCCACCCGCUCCAGCCUGGACAUCCCCUCGCAACAAUCCGCGAGAGACUCCUCUCCCUUGGCCGAGAUAGAGGAGCUGCCGACAUCGGAGGUGGUCGCUAAGGCUGCAAAAAUGUCGGCAGCGAUUAAGAAGAUGGCGGUCUCCUCUAAACACCUGAAAGGCACAUUUGUUCGUGGCUUCAAGGAGGCGGCCGCCGGCCUGGAGGAGGCGGUCCGGGUGGUUGCCGCCCGGACAAAUUCCGACGGGGAAACCCGUCGGCUUGAAGCCUCCAAUAGGCGGUUGAUGGAAGAUGUCGCGGAGCUCCGCGACACAGUGGCGUACCUGCGUGCUGAUAGGGGCGCUGUCCAGGCCAAGCUGGACAGCGUCACCGCAGAAAACGGGACGCUCCGUGCCGAGGCGGACGCUCUGCACGAGGAGCUCCGCGACCUCAGGCGGGACCUCACAGAGAUGAGGAUGGCCCGCCUAAAGAAAGGGAAGGAGGGGAAAUGGGCGACGGGAGCUCCAGCCCGGCCGUCCCCCUCUGUACCCUCCGUGCAGCGCGGCGGUGAUUCGGACGGGGGCGAGACUUGGUCUCAGGUGGUACGACGGGGAGGGAAAAGGUCCGGGGCGCGGGGUGGGUCGGCGGCUGCGCCGGCACCCCCGUCCAAGGGACAGGGUGGCAGAGCUGCGGCCGCGGGUGGCAAGCAGAGUCUGCCCAAAGCCAAGUUGGCCAAACCCCCUCGAUGCGCAGCCGUGACCUUGUCCGUCACCGACCCCAACACCAAGCUGGGGGAGGUGAUGGCGCGCAUCAGGGGACAAAUAGAUCCUCGGGCGUUCGGCAUCGACGCCGUACGCCCGAGGCGUGCAGUCACCGGGGCUCUACUAAUAGAAAUCCCCGGCGAAGAUAACGAGGCAAAGGCGGACAAGCUGGCUGCUGCCAUGUCUCCCUUGGCCGAGGAAAUGGGAGCCAAGGUCUCGAGGCCCACCAAAACUGUCGAGUUGCGGAUCAGGGGCCUCGAGGACUCCAUCUCCUCGGACGAAGUUAGGGAGGCGGUUGCCGCCGCCGGGUGUUGUCGGCCGACUGAGGUGAAAGUCGGCCGAGCUCGCGCUUCACCCGGCGGCCUGCAAUCGGUCUGGGCGCAGUGCCCGUUGGCCGCGGCCCGCAAGGUCGUGGCCGGCGGCGCCCUCAAGGGCAAUCUCAACCACGCCCGCGGGGCCCAGGAUCUCAUGAUCCAGAGCCUCGCGGAGCUGGGGGGGGUUAUGGCGGUGGUGGCCGAGCCUUACUCCGUCCCUGACCACCCGUCGUGGUUUGGAUCGGAGGACGGCUCGGCCGCAAUUCACUUUCGGUACGGUAGCGAUCCUGAGUCCUCUGUCUUCUCUCCACUGGAGAGAGGCAGGGGACUGGUGGUCGCGCAAUGGGGGGAACUGGUGGUAGUGGGGGGUUACUUCUCGCCCAACAGGCCCUUCCAGGAAUUUGAAAGGUACCUGGACGAGUUGGAGCGCGUCGCUCUACG